UUUUAUACUAUUUCACACCGUUCAGUGCAUGGGGUAGCAUGGAACGAAACCAGUCACAAAUUAGAUUUUUUAGGAAAAAAUGGCCGCCGACCAGGGAGACGAUUCUCUUUACCCGAUUGCAGUGUUAAUUGACGAACUAAGAAACGAAGACGUACAGCUUCGCUUGAAUAGUAUAAAGAAGUUAUCUACUAUAGCUCUUGCACUUGGAGUAGAGCGAACAAGAAGUGAACUUAUUCCUUUCCUCACAGAUACUAUCUACGAUGAGGAUGAGGUGUUACUUGCUUUAGCAGAACAACUGGGUCAGUUCACACCUUUGGUCGGGGGAACAGAAUAUGUACACUGCCUAUUGCCCCCUCUUGAGAGUCUGGCCACAGUGGAGGAGACAGUGGUUCGAGACAAGGCUGUGGACUCCCUAAGGAUCAUAGCAGAGAAGCACUCGCCCAGUGAUCUGGAAAACCACUUUGUGCCCCUUGUGAAACGUCUCUCAGGAGGUGACUGGUUUACAUCGAGGACUUCAGCAUGUGGACUGUUUGCUGUGGCCUAUCCAAGGGUUUCCAGCUCUGUUAAGGCUGAACUCAGACAGCACUUCAGAAACUUGUGUGGAGAUGACACACCGAUGGUGCGCCGUGCUGCCGCUGGAAUGUUGGGAAGCUUCGCGAAGGCAGUGGAGCUGGAUUAUCUCAAGUCAGAGCUUAUUCCCCUGUUCAUUAGUCUCGCACAGGAUGAACAGGUAGGAAAUGACUCGGUCCGGUUGCUGGCGGUUGAGGCGUGUGUGAGCAUUGCUGGGCUUCUCUCCCCUGAUGACAUCAAUGUUCAUGUGAUGCCCACACUGAGGGCUGCCGCAGAGGACAAGUCAUGGAGGGUCAGAUACAUGGUGGCGGACAAAUUCACUGAGCUUCAGAAGGCUGUUGGUCCUGAAAUCACAGAGAAAGAUCUAGUACCGGCCUUCCAGAGCCUCCUGAAGGACUGUGAGGCAGAAGUACGAGCAGCCUCUGCCCACAAGAUCAAAGAGUUUGCACAGAACCUGCCAGCCAAUUGUCGCGAGACUGUCAUAAUGACGAACAUACUCCCUUGCGUGAAAGAUCUGGUAUCGGACGCCAAUCAACACGUCAAGUCUGCACUCGCCUCUGUCAUCAUGGGAUUGUCGCCCAUACUUGGAAAGGACAACACCAUUGAGCAUCUGUUGCCGCUAUUUUUGACCCAACUGAAAGACGAGUGCCCAGAGGUCAGACUCAACAUCAUCUCCAACUUGGACUGUGUCAAUGAGGUGAUAGGCAUCAAGCAGCUGUCCCAGAGCCUGCUGCCAGCCAUUGUGGAGCUAGCGGAGGACACAAAGUGGCGGGUCAGACUCGCCAUCAUUGAGUACAUGCCUCUCCUGGCAGGGCAGCUGGGUGUGGAAUUUUUCGAUGAGAAGCUGAACUCUCUGUGCAUGACCUGGCUGGUGGAUCAUGUGUUUGCUAUCCGGGAUGCAGCCACCAAGAACCUGCAGAAGCUGGUGGAGAAGUUUGGCCUGGAGUGGGCCCAGCAGACAGUGAUCCCCAAGGUCCUGCAGAUGUCACGGGACCAGAACUACCUGCACAGGCUCACGUGCCUCUUCUGUAUCAACUUAUUGUCUGAUGCUUGCGGCCCAGAGUUGACUGUGAAGCUGUUGCUACCAACCAUCCUCACCAUGGCCAAUGACAAUGUGGCCAACGUCAGGUUCAAUGUGGCCAAAUCUCUCCAGAAAAUUGGCAAAAAAUUAGACUCGGCCCUUUUGAACACCCAGGUGAAGCCCUGCUUAGAUAAACUGAAGUCAGAUGGUGACAUUGAUGUCUGCCACUUUGCAUAUGAAGCAGUUGAUGCUUUGAAACUGAGUUAAACAAAUAGUGUAGGUAUUAAAUUAGAACCCAUUAGAAGAUUUCUCUGUUAAUUUGCGCUUUCAUAUAAAUAACCGAUUGUUCUAAAACAAUUGCAUGCAGAUGUGACUUCAAAUACGAAUUGGAUGUAACAAACUUUGGAAGAAACUAAGUUGUGAAUAAACUGUGAACAGCUUUGACAAUGGUUUUUGGAUAGUAUCUUAUCUUAAUGGAAUAUGAACUAUAAAGUGUGAUUAAUUGAACAUGGCUCUGGUUUUCUGUAUUAUGGUAUUUAUUAGUGAAACUUAAUUUCAGAAUAAGUGCUUAUAAAAUGGACAAUUAAACUAUUGUGAUUCUUCAGUUACAUUAAAGUACAUUAAAAUAAAGUUUAGAUCCUGUUUGCAAAAUACCACAUAUGUUAAUGUGCUAGUAAAUAUUUUGACUUUGAUCAAUUCUUAUCAUCUUUAUUAUGUUGUGGUAAAAAUAUAUGUUGUUGAGCAUUAAUUCAUUUUUUGUACAUAAUAUAUAUGUGUGUAAUAAGCAGUUGACAUUGCAUGUUUGCACCGAGUUCAGGUCAAUUUUUGUAACACAAACGUUUGAUAUUGCAUAGAUUUGUUUGGUCAUCUUGGAAAUUAAAGUGGUACUUUGUA